AUGUCUCAUCACUCUUAUUCCGCGCUGUCUCACAGCGGCUCUCACCGUCACUACACUAGCUCUCACGAUCACAGCCAAUACCAGUCUCCGCGGUACAUUCACACUUAUGAUAACUCUGGCAACUGCGCAGCUACCACCUUUCCCGAGAAUGUGGCGUCCACUCCUUGGGCUGCAUGGCAUCAAAUAGGCGAUGCCCGGACCGGUAAUCAUGGCCGCAGUAACAACAGCCGCAACCACUCCGAUGGCCAUCAUAGACCUCCUGCUUUGGCCACCCCUUAUGAUCGGUACCGCAUAUGCAAGUCGACUUCAACUCCAUACAGCCGCAACGGCCACGAGCUGACCUCAGGGCAUCACAGUCAAAACAGCUACCUUCCCUCACAGAGAGUGCACACUGCUGCUGUCGCUGUUGCUUACCAAUGCCAUAGCAGCAGCAGCAGCAGCAGCAGUGACGAAGAUCACUACGACGACUGGGAGAAAGAAGAUGAUAGAGAGCUCUUGAACCAAUCGCCAGUAUUCUCCCAGCCUCAUCACAGUCACGACAAUAGCGAUGGUGAGUGCAUCUCCGAUUUCCACUAUCCUGUUCCCUCCCCUUUCCCAGGCUCUCCCUCUUGGUCUGUCUCAACGGCCCGUAACUUCAAACAGGGUAAUCUCGAGCAGACCUGGUAUGAAGGCCGGGCCAUGGUCCAAACCCGAACCUCAGAUCGUAUCCACGACCGUCUGCAUCUCCAUCCCGGCGUUAUUUUCAGCACCGCCCAUCACACCGCCAACUACGAGUCCAAUUUUCUGCGGCCUGACGCUACCAUUGCCUAUGAUGACCCCCACCGCACCUCCACCGCUUUUGGGGUUGUCUUCAGUAAGUACCGCAAAUUUGUCGUCCUGCGCUCCUUUGGGCUAGGCGUCCUUUGCUUGCCCAUCUAUUCACACAACGGCACAGGCCUUGCCCACAAGCUUAACGGGGAAGAGUACAUGGCCAUCCGCGACAGCCGCGACAGUCGUGACAGGGAAUCUGUCGACUCCGGGGCCGAGUCCACGAGCGAGUCCCAAUUCGAUCCCGAGUCCGGCCGCGAGUGCGUUGUGGCCCACAUGAACCAGCUUCACGACGGGAGCCCCCGGUCAGUACUGUCGGCCGAAUCUGCUAUUUUUCUAGCCGAACCGGUCCUGUUCCGCUUCAAUACACACCUUACCAUAGAGGGCUGCCUACCGGUGGACGAUGUCUCACGCUUGCAGGCCCUCUUCCGCUCCUUUUUCUAA